GUAAGGACUUCCAGUCAACGUGUACAGUUAUUCGUGGAGGUUAAGCCAUUAUUAAUAAUGGACGUAACCACCGAAGAAAAUUGCCUUUUAUGUCUUGACUUCUUGUUCUUUUAAUUGACUUAUUUGCUUCCUAGAUCACCGAAGAUUAUUUUAUAAGUAGGAGAACUGCCUUCGAUUUUGAAACCAGAAUAGCUGAUACAGUAUCUUAAUCUCAGUGUUCAUGGAUAUGUGGGGGCGGGUUUAUUCGUUUCUUUUUGUUUUCCUCCAAAUAUUUUCUCUUUCUCCAUGCGUGGCUUUUGAUAUUCUCAAACAAGACAAAUUUCUUCAUGUUCAGAAACCAGAAGAUGUUUUGGUUUCUGCAAAUGGUGUCUUCAAUGCCGGGUUUUACCCUGUUGGCGAAAAUGCAUUCUGCUUCUCCGUAUGGUUCUGCAAUUCAAUCGAUCCCAAUCGCACCGUUGUUUGGAUGGCCAACCGUGACCAACCGGUAAACGGAAUAGGUUCAAAGCUUGAGCUAUUGAGGAACGGAAAGCUUAUCUUGACCGACGCAGGCAGAAGAACAGAAUGGACUGUAGACUUUGUUGCAGCUUCCCCUGUUCAGCUAAAGCUUCUCAAUACUGGGAAUCUUGUUCUUCAACAACUAGAUGGUACGGAUGAUGCCUUCCUCUGGCAAAGUUUUAAUUCCCCCGCAGAUACCUUGCUUCCGGAUCAAGUAUUAACCAAAGACACUUACCUUAUCUCAUCAAAGAGCCGAAGCAACUAUUCUUCUGGUAAUUAUAAGCUUUAUUUUGCUGAUAAUAAUGUCCUGCGCCUUAGCUACCAAGUCCCCGACAUAACCAGUGUCUACUGGCCAGCUCCAUGGCUUGUUCCUUGGGAAAAGGGAAGUGAAAGGUCUACAUAUAACAGCAGUCGUGUUGCUGUACUAAACUCUUCAGGUUAUUUCAGGUCAUCGGAUGAUUUGUGGUUUUGGGCCGCAGAUUUGGGUAUAGGUCCGCUGAGACGUUUAACUCUUGAUCCUGAUGGCAAUUUGAGGCUUUACAGUUUGCAGGAUGGGAGAUGGAUUGUUUCUUGGCAAUCCAUUAGUCAACAAUGUAGAAUUCAUGGCCUCUGUGGACAAAACAGCUUGUGCAAAUUUGAUCAUGUUUUGGGAAGGACAUGUUCUUGCUUGCCAGGAUACAAAAUUAAGAAUUCUACCGAUUGGUCCCAAGGCUGUAUAGCGGAAUUCACAGGCUCUUACGACAGGCGUGAGUUCGGAUUUCUCCGACUUACUCAUGUUCAUGUUGAAACCUACGGCUAUCAUAUAUUCAAGAACUACUCUUUACGGAGCUGUAACGAGCAUUGCCUGCAUUCCAAGGACUGCAAAGGGUUCCAAUUCAAAUACAACUUCGACGAGGGUAGCUACUAUUGUUUCCCCAAGAUAUUGUUGCUUAAUGGAUGCAGGACAACAAGUUUUGGGGGCGAUUUCUACUUGAAAUUACCCAAGUCCCGUUUAUGUUCGGAAAAUUGCAGUGAAGAAUCGAGGUCAGGUUGUCCGAACGUGAAUCAGAUCCUAAACAGAACGUAUGAAAAGGGCAAAGAAAAUGGAUACGUGAAGGUUCUGCUUUGGUUCUCUACUGCGCUAGGAAUUGUGGAAUUCAUUUGCAUCUUCUUGGUGUGGUGUAUUUUGUUUAGAAGUAAUGAGGACAACAAAGUAACAACCAAAGAAUACGUCCAAGCUGCAAGUAGAUUCAGAAGAUACACUUAUUCGGAGCUUAAAAAAGCAACCAAGAAUUUCACUGAGGAGAUAGGCAGAGGCGGCGCUGGGAUUGUAUACAGAGGUGCACUACCGGACCAACGCAUAGCUGCAAUCAAGCGCCUCCAUGAAGCUGACCAAGGAGAAGCAGAGUUCCUUGCUGAAGUGAGUACAAUCGGAAGGCUAAAUCACAUGAACUUGAUAGAGAUGUGGGGAUAUUGUGUAGAAGGGAAACACAGGCUCUUAGUUUAUGAGUACUUGGAGAAUGGAUCUUUAGCGGAUAAUCUAUCAAAAACAGCAUUAAAUUGGGCAAGAAGGUUUGAAAUUGCUAUCAGCACUGCAAAAGGUUUGGCUUAUUUGCAUGAAGAAUGCUUGGAAUGGAUUCUACACUGCGAUAUUAAGCCGCAAAACAUACUCCUGGACUCCAAUUUCCAACCAAAAGUCGCAGAUUUUGGUCUAUCCAAGCUGCUAAGCAGAGGUGGUAUCAACACCUCAAGUUUCUCAAGCGUAAGAGGUACAAGAGGUUACAUGGCUCCUGAAUGGGUAUACAAUCUUCCAAUCACGUCCAAAGUUGAUGUUUACAGCUAUGGAAUUGUGGUUUUGGAGAUGUUGACAGGAAAGAGCUCAACAGGGGCCCGUGCAGAAGGGAGAUCGGCAGAUUUGGAGCAGGGCCAGGAAAGGUUGGUUCCAUGGGCGAGGAAGAAGAUAAAUGGAGCCACUUCAGCGGAGACAUGGAUUGAAGAGGUCGCAGAUCCAAUGUUGGGAAAAGAUUAUGACAUAGAUAAGAUGAAACUCCUUAUUGAAGUGGCCUUACAAUGUGUGCAAGAAGACAUGCACGCUAGACCCACAAUGAGCCAAGUUGUACAGAUGCUAUCACUCCAUGAUAAUGAAGCUUCCCAGUACUUCCAAGGACCUUAAUUUUUAGGACAAGUUGAUCCUGUGCUUAUGUAGUAGUUAAUUUUAUUCGCUUUUAAUGUUUCUACCUUUCUUGUGCUCCUUUCUUUUAUGUACAACACUUUUCAAAAUCAUUUUUUUAACCGCACCAUAUAGUUUUUAAGAAUAGCACGAACAGAAACAGCCAUACCAAUAACAUCAGGCAUGGUAA